CGCUGACCCAACCCCGCUUUAUGGCCAGUACCUUAACCCACCUUCACUGUCAGGUAUCUGCAUUGACCAGACAGAUCCCGAUGCGCAGCCCCUGCUUAGUGUAAAAGACUUGCAGGCGGCCUUUCUAUUACCCAAUGUGCCUCGCAUGACAAAUGCGUGUGGAAAAGCCACCCAUGGCCUAGAUCUGGGGAACAGUGGAGAAAAUGCAACAAUGGUUUAUUCCCGGCUGCCCCAUAUCCUCGGCUGCUUUCCUGGAUGUUCCAGUGCGACUUGAUGGAAACGUGAAAACUGUUCUGACAUCUCGUUUCUUUUCUUAAACUGGUUGCCAGCUAGGUCCUCCAACGAAGCUGCAGAGUUCUGUGGCUGCGCUAGCUUCUCGGUCGUUUGGUAUAUUCCGAUUGGGCCACAUCAGCAUGCUGUCCUCAACGUCUUCAACGUCUGCAGAGGGGGGGGUGCCGCCGGAUCUGGAGCAGCAGGCUGCCUUCGCGGACGUGGACCAAGAUGCUCCACCGGGGGAUGACGAGGGGGAAAAACCCACCGAGAAUAGCCCUGUAGAUGGCGAAGAGCAAUGGACAACACCGCCGGAGCCGGUUUUGAGCACUGAUGUGGAAGGGCCAUCGAGGGCAGUGAGCCGGGUGCUGAGUAGGAUAUCAACGAAAUCGAGCUCGAAUCCCGGGCCGCCUCCGGACGGUGGUCAUGAAGCCUGGCUAGCCUGUCUCUGCACCCAUUUUGUCAUCAUGAACACAUGGGGCUUCAUAAACUCGUUCGGCAUCUUUCAGUCCUACUAUGCCACCGUCCUGGACCGCCCCCCCUCGGACAUCUCGUGGAUCGGCUCGCUGCAGAUCUGGCUGACUUUCUUCGUUGGCACGUUCACCGGACGUCUCACCGACGGGGGUUUAUUCCGCCCCGUCCUGAUGCUGGGGACGGUGCUCAUUACCAUUGGCAUAUUCACCACGUCCGCCGCGACGCAGUACUGGCAGCUCAUCCUGUCGCAAGGGCUCUGCAUGGGUCUGGGGAGUGGGUGUGUUUUCACCCCCGCGAUAUCGACCGUGUCGACAUAUUUUCACAAGAAGAGGUCGUUGGCUAUUGGCAUUGCGGCGAGUGGGUCCGUCACAGGGGGCUUGGUUUUUCCGGCUAUGGCGAGGCAGUUGUUGCCUACGGUGGGACUUGGUUGGGCGGUUAGGGCGAUGGGGUUCGUGUCAUUGACUACGAUGGUGUUUGCCAAUUUUUUUAUGAGGUCCCGUUUACCACCCCGCACGACGGGGAGUCUGGUGGAAUGGGGGGCGUUCAAGGAGUUAGAGUAUACCUUUUAUGCCGUGGGCAUGUUCUUCAAUUUCUGGAGCAUCUACUUCGCGUUCUUCUACAUCGCCUCCUUCAGCCGCACCGCCAUCUCCCCGCCCCUCACCUACACAGACAGUCUUAACCUGCUCCUCCUCAUGAACGGCAUAGGCGUCAUCGGCCGUCUCCUCCCCAACUACUUCUCCGACCGCACGGGUCCCCUAAACAUGAUGAUCCCCACCUGUUUAAUCUGCGGCAUCGCCCUUCUCUCCUGGAUGGCCGUUGAAACCCCCACACAGCUCUACGCCUGGUCUGUGAUAUACGGCAUCGCCGCGGGGAGUAUGCAGAGUCUUUUUCCUGCGGGGUUAAGUAGUCUGACGACGGAUUUGAGGAAGCAGGGUACGAGGAUGGGCAUGGUGUUUACGAUUGUGAGUUUUGCCGUUUUGACGGGGAAUCCGAUUGCCGGGGCCAUUAUUACCGCUGAGGGGGGCGGGUAUAGGGGUGCGCAGGUGUUUACCGGGUGCUCGGUCUUGGUGGGAAUGGGGUGUAUUUCGGCCGCGAGGGUAGUGAGGCAGAGGAGGACAGAGGGUGGAUGGGCGUUGAAGAUAUGAGGGGAAGAAAUGAGAGUGGGGGAUGGCUAUGGCUAUAUGUAAAUAUGAUGCUGCGAGCGAACAUACAGGUAUG